GAACCGGUAAUGAAUCACCAAACAUGGAAAAGAAGCGGAAAUGCGUCAUCGCACUGCGACGACUGGGACUGCGCGGGAAAUACCUGCGCAGUGCGCGCACUGUGUGCCGGUGGUUCCGUGCUGCUGGUCUGUGCUGCCGUCAGUUAACGUCUGCUGACGGGACAAUGGUGCAAAUAUUCAUACGGGGCAGUGCGGAUGGCACCAGUCCUCCUGAAUGGCUUAUGGUGGAGCUGCAGGGAGAAAUGGUUUCCAGACAUGACUCCGGUCUGGCAGGCAAUGUAAUGGGAGACCUGCUCUACACCAACGAGACCCUAGAUAUGUACAAAGAGAAACGUCGUCAGUCCAAGGAUACCUGCAAUUCACCGGUUGACUGCGUCGUGGGACUAGCUCAGCUACAAAUGUACAAGCGGGCCAAAGUCCUGCUCACGGCUCUGAACACCAACCAGCCAACAAUGCUAAUACUAUACCUGCCAAAAUGUUACGAUACUCGAUACGAUACCACAAAUAAGAUACUGGAACAUUUAUCUACGAUUGUAGUAAAUAAAACAUAUGUAAGGUUCCCAUUUUCACCAGCUUGUUCCUGCCCUGCUUUUUAAACUCUUAACAGAUGUCAUUCAUAUUAGUAUUAACCCACAGCAAGAUAUUAAUGAAAACGACCUGGUAAAAUCAUAGCAUUGAUUAUACACGGCUAUAUACCUAUUUGUCCGUAUCUGACUAUAUGACUACGUCGUUAUUCCAUGAGUAUGAAUUACAUCAUUUUACAGAUGUGUUUGAGGUGGAAAAAAAAACCUAAAGCUAUGUGGGUUGGGUACAUUAAAGAUGGACACAUAAUUAAAGUGCAAUUUCCCCCCUUUAUUGAAAAACGACAAUGAAAAUUGCAUAGUGUGUGUAUUAUUUUGUACAAUCUUGUGUGCAUUCUGACCUCAUGAUCACAUAGGCACCACAUGAGUGAAAUUGUAGGUGAUUUUGCAUGUUUAUAUUUCUGCUGGAUUAUUCAGUAACUUAUUUGCCAUCUUGCUUUGUCUUGAGUUGCACUUGCUUGAUGUUUGACUGUUAGGAAAGUUGUUGUCAAACUAGCCAACACCGCUAUAGGCUGCCAUCUCUCACGGUUUCCCCGUGUAACACACGCUUUUGCAUGUUUUCACACGCACUCAAGGCACACAUCCAAUGUCUCACACACAAAAAAAAAAAAUCCACGUUGGUUCAUCUCCAAUCUUCCUGUCAAGCUUCAGCACAUCAGGAGAUAAUGGAGUCUUAACAACUUUGCUCACAGAUUUACCUGCAAUUACAUUUCAUGACGUUGCAAGACUGGUGGAGGAAAACUCUGUCACAAAAAAAGAACAAAAUGAAUAUAUGGUACACAUUUUUCCAUGAGGAAUUUGUCCAUCAGUAUCAAGUUUACUUAAGUGAGAGCGAUCAGGCUAACUGUUAGCUACUGAACUGUUAGCUAGAAUGACAAAUCAUUAGCGUUUCCACUUAGACAUAAUGUAUGUAGAGGAUAUAGAAUGCCUUACUAAAGCAUUAUAGUCUGCUUUUAAUGAAGCAUUAUGGUAUCAAUUUGUUCUGUAUGCUUGUCCAAGUGAACGUCUUGUGUGUAGCGACAAUAAUGUUAGCCCAAUACAGAUUUACAGAUGUUUUUGGCACUGCUUAAACACAGGCUCCCUUUUCGUUUUAGCGGUGAAAUCGUUCCAAGGAAAAAGGCUCAGGGAGUCAGGGAGAGUUGACUGUCAAGUGUCAUGCUGAGGUUCCUAGUAGUCAAAGUGGGCGUUAACACAGAGUUGCCAAAGUUAACAGUCAGGUCCUGGAUGGGAGGGUCUUUUUCAGGGAAGAGAAGAAGUUCAGUCUUGUCGGGCUUGAUCUUCAGGUGGUGAUUAGACAUCCACUGGGAGAUGUCAGUCAGACAGGUAGAGAUCCAUGCCGCCACCUGAGUGUCCGAGUGAGGGAAGAAGAGAAUUAGUUGGGUGUCAUCGGCAUAGCUGUAGGAGAAGCCAUGCGAGCGAAUGACGACGGAAAAGGAAAGAUUUCUAUUGGCCCUAAACUGGCGUUGAGGAGGAGCAGGUCCUCUCGCCGCAACACAAGAUCCAAUCACAUCCAAUGUGUGGUCUCCUAACGUUAAUGUAAACAUAAGGAACAAAGCAUGAGUAUGGUGCUUGGUGUGUCUCUAACUCUCAUCCUUAUCAGAUAAGCGUCUGCCUGGUUUGGUACUUUCUGUUUUUGUCCUCUGACCUUGCACUCCUCAACCAGGACCAAGACGGUGACUCCCUAAUUGAGCACUAUGAACACAACAUUUUGAUUAUCAGUCCUGACCCCAUCCCUGGAAUUUUGUUUGACACUCAGUGUUUCCCCUACCAUUAUAACAGGGGCGUGACUAUUGUAACUCCCACAUAAAAGGUCUACCUGUUUGUGCCAUUCAACCUCUGCAUGAAUGCAGCAGCUGCACCGGUCUUUUAACCUGAAUUAACCUGUUUUCUGUCCUGACUUCUAAAUGGUGAAAUGAGGGGGACAGCGGAAAGGUUAGACUACUUCUGACGCAAACUGCCACUCGCACCUCUACCGAUCUAUACCUGGACUAGUACUUUGUAGUUUGGCUUUAUUGUUCUGGUACUGUUCCCUCUUGAUUGAAGGUCAUUUAAUGGACCAGGAAAAUAACCAUGGAUUAUGCAAAUAAUAGUUUGAUUUAGUCCUACAUGUUGCAGCCUUUUUUAAUUGCCAACUGUUUUCAGGGCUCAAUAUGUAUGUUUAUUUAGCUCUAAAGUCAGCAGAACUUGAAGUCCUUAAUGACUUCAUGUCAGUUCUUAUCAUUUGUGUCUUUGUCUUUC